CCCUGGUGGGCUAUAGUCCAUGGGGUCACAAAGAAUUGGUCACCACUGAAGCGACUUAGCAUGCACACACACAGCCUAUCAAUAAUCAAUGUGGUGGUUAGACUGGCCCUGGGAGUUCUUAUUACGAUUGCAAGAUCCUUUCAGCAAUAACCAUUAGGAAAGUUUGAAAAAAUAAAGAUUUAUUAUUUAUAAAUUACAUGGCACACUUGGAGCCAGGUUCUCAUAGAGAAAGCAGCGUUGGCCUGGGUUCCUGCUUUUGUUGGGGUCAAGCACGGGAGCCUAGAGGUUUGUGGGCUCACUCUUAUUGGUGAAUUUAACAUGGGGUUGGAGAUUAAAGCAAAGAAGAGAAGAACAAACAAAACAAAAACAAAGCAAAAAAGCCCAGUGGCCCAGUAAGAUACUGAAGUCAAGAUGUCUAAAACAAAUGUGGGAAGAGGUGGUCAGGCUCUUUAGUCAUAUUUAUCAGGGAGCCAUGGUUGAAGCUAAUGCCUCGAUAAUCAAAGGAUGUCAGGCACUCACAUCAUAAAAAUGAGAAAACUCAACUAUCAGAGGUUCCACGAGGCUUGCCCUGACCCUGCCCUUGACCUCCCUGGGUCGUCCUUUGGGAAGGCUCUGUCCCCGCUCCAAGGCUCCCAGCUGGGGCAGGCCGGGCGCCUAUAAGGGGGAUCCCUGCUGGAGCCCGGUGCCUCUCACCACCAUGGACCGUCGUCCCCUCACCUGGGCUCUGGUGCUGCUGGGCCCGGCCCUUGCGAUCGCCCUCCGUCCUGCAGCCGCGCAGGAGGCGCCUGAGAAACUGUGUGGCCACCACUUCGUGCGCGCGCUAGUGCGGCUGUGCGGCGGCCCGCGCUGGUCUUCGGAGGACGGGCGACCUGUGGCUGGCGGCGACCGUGAGCUCCUACGGUGGCUGGAAGGACAACAUCUCCUCCAUGGGCUGAUGGCCAGUGGGGACCCCAUGCUGAUACUAGCCCCACAGCCCCUGCCCCAGGCUUCUCGCCAUCACCACCACCGCCGGGCAACUGCCAUCAACCCUGCCCGCCACUGCUGCCUCAGCGGCUGCACCCGGCAAGACCUGCUGACCCUCUGUCCCCACUGAAUCCUCCUGGGGCGUGGCCUUGGGGGAGCCUGAGACCCACAGGAGUCCAGUCUGGUGAACUCCUGAUGCCACACAGCACCAUGAAACCCCACAUCUAGGGGGAUGUUGUUGAUUACCUCCUAGGACAAGGUGCUCACCACCUCACCCAGGCCACCUGUCCUCUGGAGGACCAACUAGGGAUACCACCAGACCCCAAAUCUGGCUUGGAGGAUCCUUGGUUUUGCAGAGAUGCCAGAUACUCUUCUCAAAUGUUCUCACCUCAGAGGAGCCCCAGGUGCCCCGUUCCCUGCCUUUGACACCCUUCUUGUUGUCUCCUCAAUAGUAAAUAAAUAAGAUGCCUGCAAAA